AUGUCCGUGCAGCGCCCAGAGGGUGGCAACGCCCGCCCCGGGCAGUCGCCAGCGACGUCUCCCGGGAUCCCUGUGGCAAACCCCUCAAACUCGCUACGUUUCCAAGGCCCGGAGAAGGGAGACGCGGAAGGCGCUCAGAAACUCCAUCCUCCUUUUGCCGCCAGCCUUUCGUUCCUUUCUGGGGGCGCUCCAGGCGCUGGGAUCCCCCAGGGCGUCCCUCCGACUCUGGGUGUCCCCGCGGUCGGCGGGGUGCUGGCUGCCGUUGGAGCCCAGGCAACGGCUGCCGGGGCAGCGCCUGCUGGAGGUGGAAGGCCAGGAGACUCCAGGCGGUCCAGCACGCCCGAUGGAGUCGGCUUUCUUCCCUCCAUGCAGAUCUCGAGCGCGGCCUCUCCUCUGUUUGCUGCUCCCUCUGGGCUCGUUUCCGCGAACGCACCUAGCCAGUUCCGAACUCCUGCCGUCGGAAGGCUUCCGGGCAUCUCCACUGUCUUGCCUGGUGUCGUUCCCCACGUGGUGUCGACUCCAGCAGUGAGGCCCUCGGAGGGAACUGUGCGGGUUGUCGUGCCGCCGGCCGUGGUUGGGGGAGUGGCGGGGACAGUCCCCCUCGGCUUCAGCGCUCCCAGCUCCGCAAGGCCGCUCUUUGACGCCGUACUUCCGGCGUUCAAUCCGGCGGCAGCUGAGUUGCUCGGCAAUGCCCAUGGCCGCGUCAUUGCUUCUACCCUGUUGAACCAAACCCGCGGAGACGCACAUCUCCUCGCCAUACGAAAAGCGCCGACCUCCACGGCGUCUCCAUCUCCCGCCUCGGCUCCACCCGCGGGAACAGGUGUCGCCGUCGCCCCGUUUCGCCCGCAGCCCCUGCCAGCCAAGGGACCAGGAACCGUCGGCGCCGCGUUCAAUGCUCCGGCCCCCGCAGGAUCUUCGACGCCUACCGGACUGCCUUCGCCGAAGAGCGUGCAAGAUCUCGGCUCAGCUCGCGUGCAGAGUGGGCGUCACCGCGUGGAGACACCGACUGCGCUGUCGGAGUCCGCUGUCGGCGCCAUCCAGGCCCCGACCCUCCCGGGGGCUCCACGGCCCCACCUGGCCUCGACGUUUACCGCUGCAGACCGGGAGAAACCAGCCAAUGGGGGGAGUGGUCAGCUCUCUGUUCGUGCGAACCCGGUGACGGAGACACAGGAGACCCCUGGGAUUUCGUCGGCACCCCUCUCCGGACGAGGAGCGAGUGGAACUGAGGCUGGCGCAAAACCCACUUCUCGCUGGUUUCCUCAGGCACUCUCUCCGGCCGGUGUCCGGCCUCCCCCAUUCCUUUCCGGCGCCAAGAGCCCUCCUUCCUCUGUCCCUUCUUCUGUCCCUUCUUCUGUCCCUUCCUCUGUCCCUUCUUCUGUCCCUUCCUCUGUCCCUUCUUCUGUCCCUUCCUCUGUCCCUUCUUCUGUCCCUUCCUCUGUCCCUUCUUCUGUCCCUUCUUCUGUCCCUUCUUCUGUCCCUUCUUCUGUCCCUUCUUCUGUCCCUUCCUCUGUCCCUUCUUCUGUCCCUUCCUCUGUCCCUUCUUCUGUCUCUUCCCCUGUCCCUUCUUCUGUCUCUUCUUCAGCAUCUGCUGCUUCUGUGACGGCGGACAGGCCGGCGACUCUCGCUUUAGGUCGCAGUUCAGCCACUCCUGCUGCCGAGCCUCCGUCGCUGCCAGCUUGCGGGUCUGCGGGGGCUUCGGCUCCUCUGGCGCCUCCACAGCAGCCCGUGGAGUCUGAAGCACGAGUGCGUCAACGUCUUCCGCUUUCGAGCGACUCCUCCCCAAUCUCCACUUUGUCUUCGUCUUCGUCUUCUUCGUCUCUGCCUUCCUUAUCACUUUCUGUGUCUGCCUCGCAGCCUGUUUUAUCUUCUGCAUCGUCUCCGGUCCCGUCGGUUUCUUCGGCGUCUCCGGGUCUUCCGGCCAUGAGCGCCCGAAGCCGGGCGUGGUUGGCGCACGACAGAGCCCACGGGACGCUGUGGGGUCGGUCGCGGGAGGAGUACGCGGCCUUGGAGCGGUCUCUGCCGCCUGGGAUCUCCGUCUAUGAGGCGACGGCGGAACCGCGUCGCAUUGCAGAUGCGCGUCUGAGUCGGCAAACGAGCCUGGGAGAGAGCGAACUGCGGUGCGACCUGAGCUGCCCAAUCUGCAUGGGGAUUUUCCAGAACGUCGUCGUGGUCAAGGACUGUCUCCAUCGAUUCUGCGCCGACUGCAUCGAGAAGUGCGUGCGCACGGGCCUCCGCGAGUGUCCCCAGUGUCGCAUCCACGUGGCGAGUCGCCGGGCCCUUCGCCCCGACCCCACAUUCGAGCGGAUUCUCAACAAGCUGUUUCCCGAUGUCCGCGCCUUUGAGGCGAAGAACACGGAACUCAUCACGCUGUCGAAUCUGCGCAUGCGCACGCCCAGUGCGCGCUUCCUGGCAUCCCCCGGCGGGAAGCACGGUGGAGGGGCGGAGGACCACGAGGGCGAGGAAGAUGAGAGCCGCGGUGGGGGGCGAGGGGAGGGCGCGCGCGGCAGAGAGGAGGAGGACGACGAAGAGGACGAAGACGAAGACGACGACAACGGAGAUGAGCGAGGCGAGCGAUUCGAGGCGAGCAGAGAAAACAGCGACGAGAGCGACUCCCUCUUCACAACCAGUCGCAACCGGAGACGCCACCGGCAGAACCAGCAGGAUAGACAGCGGUCGGGAAGGCGGCAAAGGCCGUGCUCGAGAACGUCGCUGCGGUCGUCGCUCUACUCCCUGCUCUCGUCCACCUCCCUUCCGUCUGCCAAGUCCAACACGGGCUCCGUCCUUUCCUCUCUUGUUCGACUCCGCUCGAAGCCACUGCCGCCGUUUGUGGGGUCCGACGGCUGUCUCGUGACUGCCCAGGGCCAGCGCCUGACCACUCAGUCUUCCUCCCUUUCUUCGCUUUCUUCUCGCUCCGCCGAAUGGCUCGCCGGCGCUGCGGGGCGGCCGCUCCCCGGGCCUGGUCUCCGUGGGGAGCUUCUCGCCGCGUGUUUGCGUGGGUGGGGCGACGAAGCAGCGACUGUCUCCUCCAGCCUCGCUGGCGUGGGUGGGGCGAAUCUCAGGGCCCUCCUGAGGCUCCAGAGGCAGGCGCUGCGACGCAAGAGACAGGAAAUCGACGCGCACCUCGCGCGCGUCCCUACCGACGGCCGGCUGCACUUCGAACUCCUCCCGGACCCCUCUCUGCCGCGCUUGCCGUUUUUGCCACGUCGCCGUCUCUCGACGCAGAAAGCAGGAGACAUCACGGUCCUGCAACUCGCCAGAUACGUCGCCACACAGCUGGCGGAGUCGACGCUCAUGAGUCUGCCGGCGAGCAGUUCGGCUUCGACAGACCGCCGCGUCAAUUCCGAUAAAAGCGCAGCUUCGGAGACGCCAAGUCUGCCGUCAUCUGCUAGCGUUCAGCUUCUUUGUCAGGCCGGCGCCGUUUCGAGCGCGUCAAGUUUGCCUCCCACUCCUGCACAGACGAACGCAGCGGCUCGUUCCGCGACUUCUCUGGUAGCUGCGGCGUCUCCCUUGGGCGGGAACUUGCGAGGCGGCGACUCGGGCCUCGCAGGGGGAGCUGAAGAAAGGGACCUGGGGCGAGGCACGAGCCAGGGGGGACCGGCGGCGAGCCUUUCUGGGUCGGGCGAAGGUCUACAGAUUCGUUUUUAUUCGAAGGAACACCGAAAACCGUUCAGUCCAAACCUAACUCUCGCCGCCGUCCACCAGUGGUCCAGAGCCCUCAGCAUGCAAGUCCUCGUUUUGUAUUACACGACCCGGCCGUACGGCGAUGCAGGCGGGGGGGUUCUCGGCGGCACUCGGGGGUUCGUCGUGGACCUUUGGGGGCCCGGGAAGAAGGGGACUGUCUCCGGUGCGACUGGCGAGGGCAGUGCAGGCGCAGAAGGGGUCCAAGGCGGCAAGAGGCGCAGAACGAGCAGUGGAGUUGGAGGCAAAGCUGAAGGCGGAGAAGCUGAAGAGAAAAAAAACGCGGCAAAACCAACAGCGGGGGAAGACACGUGA